CAUUGCAUUAGCAUACCAGCAACUGCGCUACGUGAGGUUUUAAAUAAAGACAUCAACGUGCAAUAUUUUGCAUAGCGUUAGCGUGCCAGCAACUGCGCUAGUUUCCCCAAUAUUAAUUAACGUCAUUAUGACGUACUUAUCAAGCUGGUAAUAUUAUAAUGAUAAUAUUAUAAUUAUAGCAUUCUUUGAUUGAUGGGCAUUAGUUAAGAAAUUGAUUGACAAGGAUAACUGUUAUCAGGAAUCGAAAUACUUAGAACAAAGGAAGCUAUAGAUUAAGAUAUUUUAAUCCAUAUUCAUUCCACGUUUAUAUAACGUUACCUUCAAGUGUCUAUCAUCAAAAUAUAGACAAAGAGGGGGUGGAACAGACUAUUUUCAAACUCUGUACAGAUUGUUGUUAUAUACUCAGAUGCGAACAGUAGUGCCAGUUCAAAAGGUUUCAACAUGUUCGUUUUCUACCACACAAUAACAUUAGUGGGAUUAACGUUGCUGCAGUUUCAUUCAGCUGCAGAACCUGAAGCUGGUGGUCUCCAGGAAUCGUCUCUUGUGGUUUCACAUGUGCUUUUCAGACAUGGAAACAGGACUCCAGAAUUGACAGAGUUGUAUCCUAAAGACCCAUACCUGAAUGAGCGUUAUUAUCCAUAUGGACGAGGUCAACUUACUAAGGCUGGAAAACGGAAAGAAUUUAACAUCGGAUCCACCUUGAGGAGCAGAUAUAGGAACUUUCUAGGAGAUUUUUAUCUACCAGAUAUGGUCGAAGCACUAUCUACAGAUUACAAUAGGACAAAAAUGUCGCUGGAAUUGGUUCUAGCGUCACUGUUCACACCUAACAAGGAUCAGAUGUUCGAAAAUGGACUUUACUGGCAACCUGUGCCUUAUAACUACUUACCAAAGAAUAAGGAUCCGAUCUUACUUGGUGUCCUGUGCCCUCACUACCUCGAACUAUACAACGAAGCAGCGUAUUCUGCAGAAGUACAAAGUGAAUUUAAUAAACAUAGAGACGUUAUACAAUACAUCGCGGAAAGUACUGGUCUAAAUAUUACAAGAUUUGAAGACAUAUAUAACUUAUAUUUUGGGCUAGCAACAGAAGAGGAAUGGGGUUUUGUACUACCACCUUGGACAAGAAAGGUUUGGCCAAAGGUGAUGGAGAGCUUGGCAGUUCAUGAGUACUACGUUGCUCUGAAGACAGUGGAAAUGAGACAGAUGGCUGUUGGUUACUUUCUGGAAAAGAUAAUUAGAGACACAAUGAAGAAAGUGAGCGCCACAACUUCAGCCAAGAAGUUGUUCUUGUAUUCCGCCCAUGAGAACAAUCUUGCGGAGCUACUAAUAGCACUUGGAGUAUUUGAGUACCCCCACGUACCUACUUACGGAUCUUUUAUACUGCUGGAGGUACACAAUAUUAACGGAGUCCACGGAGUUAAGAUUUUCUAUGAAAAUUACAGCGGAUACGGCGUGAAGCUGUUGAAGAUGCCCAAUUGUGAUGAAUUUUGUCCACUGGACAAGUUCGUCCACUUGGUCACGGAUCUGAUACCCGAUAAGUCGUUAUGCGGAAUAUGAGCUGAUAUUCCCUAAUAAAGUUUUGUUCAGUAUUAUUUGCUAAUAAAAGCUUUAAAACCUGA